ACAGUACCACACUGUACAUACAUUCUCAAAGCUGGUUCUUAUUCUUUCAGUUUCAUUUACUAGACACUAAAUUGCAGAGGCUUAAACAAACAAACACUAACUGUCAAGCAGAAGAUAGGCAGGACAAACACAAACACACGCAUAUACACACACGCACGCACACGCGCAUGCACACAUACACAUAUAUAUGUAUAUAGCAGGUUUCCACACAGUUUCCACAUAUUAAACUCACUUACAAGGCAUUAGUGAAUCUGGGACCAUAGCAGAAGACACUCACCCAAAUUGCUGUGUAGUGGGAUUGAACCCCAAAUCACGUGGCUGCAAAACAAGUUCCUUAACCACACAGCUGUUCCUGCAUCUCUCUACGUGGUAAUAAACAAUCAGUUUCUUACUUGAAAACCAAGAGAAGGUAGGUCACAGAAUAUCCAGUGAGAAAGAUGAACACAAUGAGAACAUUCAAACUCAGCUUCUUCUAUUUAAGUCUAUUAUCAAUAAACCAACAAAGCAAAGCUGAUAAUAUACUUUUCCUUUCAAUGCCCGCUUUCAGUCAUGUUCAAAACCAAAUUCAUACAGCGAUGAAAUUAAAGGCAUAUGGCCACACAAGUUACUUCUCAUUACCACCUAAACUGAUAACUCAUUUCAAGAAUAAAGAUGGUAUUAAGUUCAUUCCUAUUAAAGAAGACCAAAAUGUAACUUCAUUUAUUGAAUUAUCAAUCAAAUUCUUUUUAAGAACAGAGGAAAUUAGCUGGCUUCAAAUAAAACAGGUCACAGAAUAUCCAGUGAGAAAGAUGAACACAAUGAGAACAUUCAAACUCAGCUUCUUCUAUUUAAGUCUAUUAUCAAUAAACCAACAAAGCAAAGCUGAUAAUAUACUUUUCCUUUCAAUGCCCUGGUUCAGUCAUGUUCAAGGCCAAAUUCAUACAGCGAUGAAAUUAAAGGCAUAUGGCCACACAAGUUACUUCUCAUUGCCACCUAAACUGAUAACUGCUUUCAAGAAUAAAGAUGGUAUUAAAUUCAUUCCUAUUAAAGAAGACCAAAAUGUAAGCAGAUUUAUUGAGUUAACUAUGAAAUACUUUUCAGUAAAGAAAGAAGGCAGCUGGUUUCAAAUUAAACAUCUGAUACAAAAUAUGUGUGACAACUUCCUCUUAGACAAUGAUUGGUAUCAUUCUAUAAAAGAACUAAAUGCCUCUUUCGCAAUUGUAGAUUCUAUUUUCUUUAGUCAGUGUUUAGCUAUUGUCCCAUAUAGGCUAUCAAUUCCAUUUCUAUUUCAAGGUCUGCUUUUUGGAGAACCUUUUUUGAGGCGAGUUCCUUGGAAUCCAGCUGUGUUUCCACUUCUCAGUUCCCCACAUUCUGAUAAAAUGACAUUUUUCCAAAAGCUUAAAAACACUCUCUUAACAUACAGCUUAUAUACCUUUUCCCCCUGGGCUCCCCCAUCAAAGAGUGUCAAGGAAUAUGCCCCAGAAAAAAAUGAUAUACCCUUUGAAAGCGUUUUGCGAAAAGCUCAGUUAUUCUUAACUGAGAGUGAUCUGUUACUGAGUUAUCCAAAACCCAGUCUCCCUUCUGAAGUAUUUAUUGGUGGAAUAGCAACUCAUCCUGCAUUGCCUCUACAAGGUGACAUAAAGGAGUUUGUUGAAAGGUCUAAGCAUGGAAUCAUCAUUGUUUCCUUUGGAGGUUACAUAAGAGAGUUACCAAAAGAGCAUAUAGAGAAGAUGGAGAAGGCUUUUAAAGAAAUAAAGUAUGAUGUCAUUUGGAAACAACCAGAUUCAAAGCAAUUAGCAUCAAACAUCCUCAUAAAACAAUGGUUGCCACAAAAUGAUCUUUUGGGUCAUCCAAAAACAAAACUCUUCAUUACACAUUGUGGAAUAAAUGGUCUAUUUGAGGCGCUUUAUCAUGGAGUCCCCAUUCUCGGAUUACCAGUAUUUGCAGAUCAAUUUCAAAAUGGCCUUCAAAUGCACGUAAAGGAAUAUGGAAUUUCUAUGGAUAUAUAUAAUUACAAUAAAGAUGAACUUGUAUCAAACAUUAACGAACUGAUUGAGAAUUCAAAAUAUAAAACUAAUAUAAAACUUGCCAGUGAAAUAUUUCAUUCCCGUCCAGAACACCCAGCAGAAAGGGCUGCUCGGUAUGUAGACCAUGUGAUAAAGUAUGGCGGAGAUUAUUUAAGAUCGCCCUCUCAAAAUAUGCCUCUUUACCAAUUUCUCAUGCUGGAUAUCUAUGCUACAUUUCUGGCUAUAAUCAUAGCUGUUGUGUUGGUUGUUAAGUUUGUGGUUUCAAAAUGUUAUCGAUGUUGUUUUGCGAAAAAGGAGAAAACGGAAUAAACAGAAGCAAUGUUAUUGUAACUGACUGGUGAGGCAAUGAGCUGGCAGAAUUGUUGCUAUGCUGGACAAGAGUAAGUAGCAUUAGAAUCAACACCUUUUAGCCAACGAACUAGAAGUUUGUUUAUUCCUGUAACAUAAAAAUGCGGAGUUCUGGGGCUGGUGAACACUUUGAAUGUAAUUUCAGCAUCGGCUUGAUUUUUGAACUCCCACAGUAAAAUAUCAAGGUGCUUAUAAAAGUGGCAGGCAGUAGGAGAAAGGUCUGAGGAAAUAACUGGGUGGGGAGGAACUUUGUAGCCAAGUUCCCUCAACUUCAGGAGUAUCAUUAGUGAAACAUCUGGUCAAGCAUAGCCUUGAAGAAUGAUUGGCUCUCUUCUGUUGACCAGUCUGGGAUGGAGGAGUAGCAGUUUUUCAUUCAAUUUACCGACUUCAUGGCAAUAUGUUUCUGCAAUAAUGGUUUUUUCUGGUUUUUAAGAAGUUAUAGUCGAUAAGUCUAGCAGUACAGCACCAAACAUUCUUUUUGAAGGGCUCAGGUUUAGAGAAGGUUUUCUGUGCUUCAUUUUGGUCCAAACACUGUGAAGAACAUUUUUUAUAAUUGUACAGAAUCCUCUUUUCAUCUCAAGUUACAAAAUGGUUGAAAAAUGGACAGCUCUAGCAACAAAGAAGUGACAAGCAAAUUUCGUAUCUGCGCAUUUUCUGAUUUUCAUUCAAAUCAUGUGGUACCCAUUUGUCAAGAAUUUUGUGGUUUUCCAAUCGCAUGCAAAUGGUUGCAGGCAGUUUCCUGGCUAACUGGAAGUUCUUUUGCCAGUUCUUGAGUGGUUUUAUGUGGAUCUUUCUCAAUGACUGUCUUUUAUUGACCAUCAUCGAUGACAGCUGGGCAUCCAUUAUGCUCGCAAUCUUCAAAGCUCAGGUUUCCACCAAUAGAUCGGUUAAACCAUUUUCGAGCUGACCACUCACUGGUCAUUUCCUCACCAAUCAUUUCUUUGAUAUUGCAAGCAGUUUCAGCUGCUUUACGUUCUUGUUUGAAGUUGAAUUGCAAAAUUAUUUGAACUUCACACUCUGACAGUUCCAUUUCAGAUGAUUGUAACAACAGUGAAAAGUAUAUCACUGUAAAUUUAUUGAUGCAUUUGGGCAAUUCUAUGUCUGUAUUAUCAGACAGUUGCAAAAAAAAAU